AUGACGACAGCCGCCUACUCUGUUUUGUUAGCAACCGCCUUUUACUUGGUGUCGAGCGCCAGCGCAGAAUGCCCGCAAGGCUGGUUCGACUGCGAGAACGGACGUUGCAUAGCCAUGUUCUGGAAGUGCGACGGUCAAAAUGACUGCGGAAACCACAACGACGAAAAAAAUUGCCGUGACGAACCCGAGGAGUGUCCUGUCGAAAAGUUCAAUUGUCACGACCGCAGUUAUUGCAUCCCAAAGGUCUGGUUGUGCGACGGUGAGGCAGACUGUGGCGACUCUUCUGACGAGGUGGGCUGCACCGUGAACUGCACUGGCUUCAGCUGCAAGAGCAACGAAUGCAUUCCGCUCAAUUGGCGCUGUGACGAGUCCGAAGACUGCUUGGACGGCACCGACGAGUUGGGCUGCGCAAACGCCACAGCGGCUAAGCUUGUCCAGCAAUCGCCCAAGUGCGACGUCGACAGCGGCCACUUCCCGUGCCUGGAUGGAAAGUGCCUCCUCCCAGAAAAGGUCUGCGAUGGUACGAAGGACUGCGGUGAUGGGGCGGACGAAGGGAGCUUUUGCAAGGUCAAUGAAUGCAGUUCCAAAAAAUGCAGCCAAGGUUGUUUCGUGUCUGCCAAUGGCAGCUCCUGUUACUGCAACACGGGUUUUCGAUUGAUGGACGACGGCAUUUCUUGCAUUGACAACGACGAGUGCACGGAACGCCCUCACGUAUGCAGCCAGAUGUGUACCAACACUCCUGGAUCGUACCACUGCUCUUGUCUCAACGGCUACCUUCUUACCGACUCCACUUUCUGCAAGGCAAAGGAUCCUGAGCCCUUAAUGAUCUUCUCAGACUCCAAACAAGUUCGAGGCCUGUGGCUACGCACCAAUCGUUACUUCGAGAUUCAUUCUGCGAGUGGCCAGGCGGUCGGUGUGGAUUUCGACAACAGCGCCCGCCGCGUUUUCUGGACUGACGUUACUUCCAAGAAAUCUGCUAUACAUUCUUGUCUCCUGGAUGGCACUGGCUUCAAGGUUUUGAUAUCUGAAGACUACUCGUUGAUGGAAGACGUUGCUUUGGACUGGCUGGCCAACAAUCUCUACAUCACCGACUCGGCCCUGAAGCGCAUCUUGGUGUGCAAGAGUGACGGUUCUGCGUGCGCUACUGUGGUGACUGCGUUCCUUGAUUCUCCGAGGGCCAUCAUCCUCAACCCAUCCAAAAGACUCAUGUACUGGACUGAUUGGGGAAAGAGUCCUGCGGUAAUGGCGGCUGGAAUGGACGGCAGUAACGUGCGAGCCUUAGUUUCUGAAAACCUCGGCUGGCCUAACGGUCUAGCCUACGACCACUCAACGGACCGGCUCUACUGGUGUGACGCCGAACUCGCAAAGAUUGAAUAUAUGGACUUGCUAACCAUGAAACGCAAUGUCGUGAUUCAAGACGCGGUCUUCCAUCCCUUUUCCCUCACGGUCUUCGAAGACACUUUGUACUGGAGUGACUGGUUAGCCUACUCCCUCGAUUCCAGCAACAAAUUCGACGGAAAGCAUCACCACCGCAUACUGCGUGAAGAUUCCAAGCACAUCAUGGGAGUUCACAUCUACCACCCUCUCCUGCGGUCUAAAGACCUUGUCAAUCCCUGCUGGGACAACCCCUGCGAAGACAUCUGCGUUCUUGCCGCCGAUGGUUACGAGUGCCUCUGUCGGCUUGGUUACGAGCCUUCCCCUAAAGACAAACACACAUGCACUGUCACUCGCCUUUCGAGUUACGCUGUCGUUUCCGAAGAAAACGUUCUUUAUCGGGUCCGGCAUGAAUCCAUCGGUGGGGAAUCGGUCUCCAAAAUGCCAGUCAACCGGCUCAUCAUGGUCGGUGCUAUGACAUUAGACUGGGCCACCCAAACACUCUUCCUGAGCGACAAUCCACGUGAAAUGAUCCUGGCUGUGGACAUGAACACUUACAAUGUCAGUACUAUACGGGAGCAUCACGUCGGAUCUAUUUUCGGAAUGGACUUCGAUGGCCAGAACCGAAACCUCUACUGGGUAGAUGCUGACAAGAAAACGAUAGAAGUGUGCCGCUCUAACGGCUCUGGCCACAUAAUCCUUCGCUCCGAUCUCCGGCGUCCCGUCGAUUUGGCUCUUCACCCAAAGGCCGGGGUCAUGUAUGUGCUUUCAGCUGGAGAUACCCCAUCCAUCGUCCGCUACACUAUGGACGGUCUCAGCCCGAUCCGCGUUCAGUUGACAUCCAUGCUUCUUGGCUUGUCGCUCUCCACUGACCUGGUCGCGGAGAGGCUGUUCUGGGGAGACUCCGUUCGUGCCACGAUUGAAUUCAUCGACUUGAAAAAUGGAUCAAGCACUCCCUUCAUCGUGGAGCAAAUUCAUGGACACAUAACCUCGGUUUCUGCAAGCCACGGUCUGGUUCACUGGACGACUCGGGAGGAUGGCGCUCUCUACUACGUUGACCUUCACGUGAAGCCAACUUCGGUCCAUUCGGUCUCUUUGCCACCUCGCAACGGCACUGUCGCCAGGAAGGUCAUCUAUGCUGCACAGAUUCCAGACUAUGCACCUGGGCCGUGCUCUGUCAAGAACGGAGGUUGCUCCCAUGUCUGCCUUCCUGCUCUUACCAGCAGGUCGUGCCUCUGUCCUCCAAGAAUGGUUCUCUCCGCCAAUAAUGUAACUUGUAAAGAUGAGAAUGGCACCUGCAGCGCUCACGAGCUUUCCUGUGCUGGCACUUGCAUUCCCGCCACAUAUUGGUGCGAUGGUUACCAGGACUGUUCUGACAACUCCGAUGAAAAUAACUGCGGUACAGUCACCUGCCCCGCCAAUGGCUUUCGGUGUGGUAACGGCAAGUGCGUGGAAAACGCUUGGCUUUGCGAUGGCUACAAUGACUGCGGUGAUCAUUCGGACGAAAUCAAUUGCACACGACGUAAUUGUACUUCCGAAGAGUACCAGUGCCGUGCGAACUACUGUAUACCCGUCUACUGGCGCUGCGAUGGCGAGAAAGACUGUCCAGACAAUGAUGACGAGGGAAAUUGCAGUUUGAUCGAAUGCCCCAGCGGCUAUGAUCGAUGCCGGGAUGGCCAAUGCUUUUCUCGUGACUGGAGGUGCGACGGUCAGGCUGACUGCAAGGACUCGUCUGACGAACUCGACUGUGGUGCAACUACCGGAUGUCUUCCAGACGAUUUCCGUUGUACUAACAAAGAGUGCAUCGACCCGAGGUUCCGCUGUGACCGCAGAGUAGACUGCGAAGACGGCAGUGACGAGAACGGAUGCGACUCGUCCUAUACCGCGAAUACAACUUCUCAAUGUCCCAGAGGCAUGGUCAACUGCGGCGACGGUCAGUGUAUCUACGAACAUGACAUUUGCGAUGGUUAUGUCGACUGCCACCUUGGACAAGACGAGCGGAACUGCACUAGUGCCAUGUGCUCCUCGAAGGAAGUCUUCUGCAUAAACACCAAAAGAUGUAUUUUGGAGGCCUGGCUUUGUGACGGCGAGGACGACUGUGGUGACAACAUGGAUGAAACUUUACCGCGCUGUCAUCCCACUACUACACCCUCCACCACGACCACCGAAGCUGCCUGCUGGAGCGACGAAUUCCGCUGCGGGUCUCACGAAUGUGUGCCUUGGUCUCGCGUUUGCGACAGACAUCUUGAUUGCAUGGACGCCUCGGACGAAGGAAGUCACUGCGACACCCACUGUGGAAAAGACAAUGGCGGCUGUGCUCAUAUCUGUCGGGAGUCUCCAACUGGACCGAAGUGUUCUUGCCACCCUGGCUACUACCUGACGGGAGAUUUCAAGACUUGCGAAGAUUUGGACGAGUGUCAGAAACCUGGUCAUUGCAGUCAUUUCUGUACGAAUACAAAGGGCAGCUUCAAAUGCACAUGCGCUGAGGGUUACGCAAUUGCCGCCGAUCGCCAGUAUUGCAAGGCGCAGUCCGGUGAGGCCUCUCUCCUCUACAUGCUGCCGAACCAGAUACGCAGCUUCUCAAUGCGAGGUCAUGCGCAACAUCUCUUGGCUCAGGAUGACCUUGCCGACAUGCAUGGCCUCGAUUAUCACUUCGACGACAAGGCAAUCUACUGGACCGAAAUGAAAGAGGGCACUAUCAAUGUCAUGCUCCUGGCAAAGAAGACUCCCCAAACUGUUCUGGAGGACGUUCACCGGCCUUUUCACGUUGCCGUAGAUUGGAUUGCAGGCAAUAUAUACUUCACGGACGGCUGGGUUCAUAUUCAGGCUUGCGAUUACUCUUUCAAACAUUGCACUGACGUUCUGGAAACAACCUAUUCUCAUGUCAACAGCUUCACCCUUGCUGCAAAUCACGGGAUUAUGUUCUGGUGUGUGUGGAGCGAUGUACUCGGCAAAAGUGAUGGUAUCAUUGAACGCUCAAAUAUGGAUGGCAGCGGCAGAGUAAUUCUAGUCAGCGAUAAGAUCCUGUGGCCUUGCUCACUGACCGUUGACCACGUCCACAAGCUUCUGUACUGGUCCGAUAGUAACAAGAACGUCAUUGAGAGCGCCACAUUUGACGGAAAAGACAGGAAAACCAUUGUCAUGGGUGCCAUUAGCAGUCCCUUCAGCAUUGCCCUUUACGAGGACUGGUUGUACUGGGCUGAUUGGGGAUCAGACUCGCUCAUGGCCUGCAACCGACACACCGGCAGGGACAAAUCUGUCGUCCAUCAUGGGGACGUCAAAGCCACGGUCCUAAAAAUCGUUCAUCAAGUCCAUCAACCAAGCGGUACAAAUCGUUGCGCCAGGAAUCAGUGCGAACACGUUUGUCUAUUGACUCCUCUUUCGUACACGUGCGCCUGUGCCCAUGGGUACAAGUUAAUGGAAGACUCCCACUCUUGUUUCGAUAUGGAAAAUGAGACCGCCUACAGCCUCCAAUCCUCGGACGUCCUCAAGCAACCUUGUGACCCAGAGUGCGUGAACGGUGGAAUUUGCGUCCACAACAAGAACAAGCUAUAUUGCCAGUGCCCCAAAGAGUUCGAAGGACUUUCUUGCGAAGAUCCAGUUGUACUGGCCCUGCCUGUUGCUGACCAAGCUAGCAAUUCAAUGUGGCUCGCGUCUGUGCUCAUCUUCAUCGUGUGCGUCGCUCUGCUGGCGUUCGGCUAUCUCUUCUACAGGCGAAACAGGCACAAGCUAUCCGCUAUUGAUUUUACGGUGGGAUUCAAGACUCCGACGUUUGCAGCUAAGGAUGAAGGUCUUUUAGAAAACGAGCACCCCAUCGCAGAAGAUUACCACGUCGUGGCUGCAAGCCACCCUGGCUUCAAAAAUCCUCUCUUCCUCGACGGGCACAAGUCGCAUCUUCUGACGGAAAAUGGCGAAUUCCAGCGAUGGUCGUCUAACGAGUCCGUUGUGUCUUCGGUCGGUGUCGAUGACAGCCAGGCUACACUCGCAGCGACGGAAGAUGAGACGAAACAGAAGAAACAAGUGUUUUUCUUUCGAAAGGUGUAACAAUGGUUCUGCCUUAAUUUACUGUUGUCGUGUUUCUAUAUACAGAAUUACACGUUUUUAGGGUUGCUGUUAACGGCGCUUUUAGUUAACAAUAAACUGCUUAUUUUACACCUA